AUGUCGCAGAAGAAAGACCUGCACGAAGGGGUGUCAGUUAAAACGUUGGUUGAGAGAUGGCAAAACCUCACUCCCAAUCAACGAAGCUCCCCCGUGGUUGCGUACAGGGUGAACAUCAGUCAAGAACAGCCUCAAAAGAGGAAGGAGAGUGAACGCAGAGAGAAAGACAUGGAAGAAGUCCCAGGUGCCGCUAGCAAUCUCCCCUCAGAAUAUCAGUACACCUGUUCUAUAUGCCUGGACGUCUUUAAAAACCCUGUCACUACUCCCUGCGGACACAAUUUCUGCGAGGGCUGUAUCGAGAGGUGCUGGGGAGAGAGCACUAUCUGCAAAUGCCCCCUGUGCAAAAAGCAAUUCAGAAAAAUACCUUACCUGACCGUAAACAGAGGGUUCGCGGAAAUCGUCGAGGAGUUAUGGAAGAUGAGAGCGAGCGGAUCUGGAAAUAUUCUCCCCGAACCCGUGCCGUGCGAUGUCUGCACUGGGAAAAAACUCCCAGCUGCCAAGUCUUGCUUGGUGUGCCUGGUGUCCUACUGCGAAUCCCACAUCAAGCCUCAUUUCGACAGAGAGGCUUUUAGAAAUCACCAGCUGGUCGAACCCGUGGCAAAUCUGGAGAACAAAGUCUGCAGCGAGCACAGGAGGCUUCUGGAGUUGUUCUGCAAAACUGACCAGACCUGUAUUUGCUUGCUCUGCAGCAACAGGGAGCAUCGUUCCCAUAACGUAGUGUCAACGGAGAUGGAGAGGGGAGAGAGGCAGCGGACUCUCCAGGCGGGAAUAAAAACAAUGAUUUCCAAGAAAGAGAAUCAGCUGGAGACGUUGAAGCCUACCCUGAAGAAAAUCAAAGGAUCGGAACAGAGAGAGAUCAAAGAAAGCGAGAAACUUCUCGACGAGUUGAGUCGCUCCAUUGAGAAGAUCCGGGACGAUCUAAAUGCGCUGAUUAGGAAAAAAUGGCAGGAGUCCGCCAAUCAAGUGGACCGGCAUACGAGACAGCUGGAGAAGGACAUCAACGAACUGAAGGAAAAUGACUCCGCUCUCGAGGAAAUCUCAAAAACCGAAGAUCACAUCAGCUUUCUACAAAGAACCCAAGCCAUGUGCCUCCCUGCUGGAGACUCACCCAGAAUCAGAACGUUCUCGUUAAAAGAAGCGGCGAAAUCUUUGUCCAAACUGAAGGACAGUCUUGAGGACUUUCGGGUGAAGGAGUUAGUGGAAUUAAGCAAAAGAGUCGACAAGAUUAUGGACCCUGGUAUGGCACACUACAAUCCCACCUUUUAUGAAGAUGUCAAAAUACUGAUCCUGGGAGAUGCUCUCCAGUCCACAGAUGUGUGGUUGGACGGAGGAGGGAUCGCGAAUCUUAAUAGUCUAGCCCGCACCACCUCGAGCUGCAUCAAAAACCGGACCCUUUAUAGUGUUUGGCUAGUCUUGACUUGUUUUAGUAGUCUUUACAGGAGAAUGAAGACCAGAUCUCAGGGGAUGAUAUUCCUCGUGUUCUUAAGUUUUUUAGCAGCGGUUUCUACAAACAGAGAAACUGUUAUUGGUUCCGCUCAGCCCAUCAUUGCCGGAGCCAGACAAGAGACCACCCUGCCCUGCCUGGUAUCCCCACCGCUCAGCACCCUACGCCUGGAAGUGAAAUGGUUCAGAAGCAGCCUCGCAAGUCCCGUUCAUUUCUAUAAAGAUCUAAGUGACCAGACGGCAACGCAGGACAGCGACUAUCGAGGGAGGACCAGCCUCUUCGAAUCAGAACUGGCGAAAGGAAACCUCUCUUUGAGCCUGAGAAAUCUCCGGCCGUCCGACAGCGGGAUCUAUUCCUGCUUCGCCUCCAACGGAACCUGGAGCGCCGAGGCAAAGAUGGAACUUGUGAUCAGGGCUCUGGGGACCCAGCCCUCGGUCUCUAUGGACUCUAUACAAGGAGAGCAGACCCGGCUGGUGUGCAGAUCAGAGGGGUGGAGCCCUGAACCAGAAGUGAUCUGGAGAGACAGGGAUGGAAACGAUGUGACAUCACUGUCCAGCACAACAGUGGAGAGGAACAAGCAGGGCUAUCUCCGGAUUCGCAGCUACAUCAACGUGGAGCCACAGAGGGAAGGAUUCUCUUGCCUGGUUCGGUUUAAACAGCCGGAUCCAGAACCGGAUACGAAACCUCAGUCACCCAGUAGCUUUCUCCCAGGUGUCUCAGGGUGGGUGGUGGCUGCCUCAGUGAUGGUCGCUCUUGGCAUUGCAACUGUCCCUCCUCUACUCAUCCAGUGGAAAGAAACACAGAGACAGAAUGAAUGGAAAGUGAAUGAGAGAUCCUUAUAUCCACCAGAGAGUGAAUCCAGCACAGCGCAUACAAUGGAGUUAAUGUAUGCAGGGAAGCCUGUCCCUAAAUCAGACUGCAAGCUGAUCUGCAGUCCAGAUGGAGCGACACCCGUCACUAACUCAGAAUGGAAGCAGAUCUGCAGCUCAGCAGUUGACGUGACUCUGGAUCCCAACACCGCCCACCCUCUCCUCAUCCUCUCCCGGGAUGGGAAACACGUCCGAUGGGAAGAACAGCAGCAGGGCUUCCCCGACAAUCCCGAGAGAUUCGACUGGUGGCGCUCUGUGCUGGGGAAAGAGGGGUUCACCUCGGGGAGGCACUACUGGGAGGUGGAGGUGGGGGAGAACCGUCGCUGGAUCUUGGGAGUGUCCCGGGAGUCGAUCCACAGGAAGGGGGUGAUGAGGUGGAGCCCAGAGGAGGGGUACUGGGCUGUGGGGAGAGAUGGAGAGCCGUUCCUGGCACUCACAGAUCCUCCAGCCCCUCUAGCGUCGAAGCAGGCACUCAGGAAGGUGGGGGUGUAUCUGGAUUACGAAAAGAAGCAGCUCUCUUUUUACAACGCGGAGACCAGAUCUCUCAUCUGCACCUUAGCAGACAACUUCUCUGGCAAACUCUACCCCAUCUUCUUUACUUUAGAUGGGAAGACAGAUCUGGUAAUUGUGCCCCCUGCUGGUACUGUACAGUAAAACAGCAGGUUUGCUAGGCACAGGUGAUAAAGUACAGAUGUGGGCAACAGUUUUACAUCAACUAGACUUUUAGGAUAGAGACAAAAAUACUGUACAAGCAUAAUUUAGAUCUUUUAUUUAAUAUCAUGUAAAAUCAAAAAGAAAAUAUGAUACAUACAAAAUGCAAACACAAAAUGAUAUCGAAUAUAAAAUUGUAUCACAUGCAAGGCUAUCAGAAACCAUAAUAGUAGUAGCGUUUCAUGUUAGAUUUCGAAAUGUCUCAUUUUUUCAAUAUGUUAGUUUUUUUUUUUGUUAAGUAAAUGGAUGACUACAAAGCACUGGUGUGUAAUUCAAUGUGUUAACCCUAACAUUACUCAACAGGUUUCAUUGACUUUAUUAAGCAGAAUUGGGUGGGUUUACAGUUAGCUUGGAAAUACAGACGCAUGUCAACAGAAAAUGAUGAGAGGGGCAGGAGUGCUAGCUGUUUUGAUUGAUUUUACCUCUACUGGAAAACCAUUACACCAUCAUUAACUGCUAAUAGAACACUAUUACACUAUC